GGUGCCACUAAACUGGACAUGGGACCUCGUGGUGCCCAGCUCCUGGCUGCGCUCCUCGUCCUGGGGCUGUGUGCCCUGGCGGGGGGCGAGAAACCGUCCCCCUGUCGGUGCUCAAGGGUGAGCACCAAGAACAGGAAGAACUGUGGCUUCCCGGGCAUCACCAGCGACCAGUGCUUUGACUAUGGAUGCUGCUUCGACUCCAGUGUCUCAGGGGUCCCUUGGUGUUUCUACCCCCUCCCAAACGAAGAGAAUCAGCAGUGCAUCAUGGAAGUCCCAGCCCGCGUGAACUGUGGCUACCCGGGCAUCAGCCGCGAGGAGUGCGUCUCUCAGCAGUGCUGUUUCGAUGACCUUGUCUUCCAAGUGCCCUGGUGUUUCUACCCGAGGCCCGUGGAAGGACAGCAGCUCCUCCCAGAGCUGCCUGAGGGUCGGCACAGCCUGGUGGGGGUGCCCGCCCCACUGCAGUCAUCGCUGCCUGUGGACGCCACUGCGUGCCGGGCUCCAGAGUGCUCCAAAGAGCAAAACCUGUAA